AUGGCUGUGAGCAUCACGGCGGAAUUCCUCGGCUCCCUUGGUGCCGCCGCACUCAUGGUCUGGAACCCGUGGAUACCCAUGAUUCUCGCCGUUUUCAUCAGAGCGACUGGUAUUGGUGUACUGCUAUUCAUCCCGGAAACACUGAAUUACAACGCUAGUGAACCUGAUGCUGCACCCACCGAGGAAGCAACUGCGCAGCCUUCAGAGUGGUGGAGGUGUUGCGAGAAUGCACUCAGCCAUAUUCUGAGCUCUAUAUCCUUCCUGGCAUCUAAUAAGAAGGUUUUUUUGAUAAUUUCCCCCUUUACAGUUCAUCCGCUUUUCAGCCAGGAAAUUCUGCGUCUAUACAUCUCGACGCAUUAUAAGCAAACCCUCGCGUACGCUACAAUGAUGAUAUCUAUUCGCUGCGGCUGCAUCUUAUUCCUCAACCUCUUCAUCCUACCCGUUUUAAACAGGUAUUACCAGAAAUUAUGGGGCCCUAGACAAUCGGACUUGCUUCUCGCACGCGCCAGCGCAGCAAUCAGGUCUCUGAGCUUGCUGGGGCUCGGCGUGGCGCCCAAUCAACCGCUCUUGGUCUCGGCUCUGCUUAUCAAUUCCCUUGGAUGGGGAAUGCUCCCCCUGGUCAGAAGCUUGGCGACGAGUCUAGUGGAGCACCACAAUGUUGCGCGGCUGAAUAGUCUUAUCGGUGUGGUUGAUAUAGUUGGCCGGAUAGCCGGGAGCCCUCUCAUGGCUCUGUUGUUUGCAAAAGGAGUCGAGACUGGAGGCACGUGGGCCGGCUUGCCGUUUAUAUUCCACUCCGGAGUUGUUUUGGUUCCGCUGGUGGGAUUGAUGCACGUCUCUGUAUAA